AUGUUCUAUAGAGCAGUUUACGGUUUAAAAGUAAUACACAAAGAAACAAGGGACUUAUCUGUCGAACAUAUUGACUAUGGAGCAAAUAAAACAUAUUUCGAAGUCGGUUUAAAAAAAACUGUUACCUGUAAAGCUACCAGCAAAAAUCAAAAGGUGGACUGGGUAGACCCCUCUGGUAAAGUCGUACAACGGGCUUCUACAAACAGGGUAUUUGCACAGGAGCAUUUUAUGCCAUAUCUACGAAACCGUAUUCCAGCUUUAGUUUUGACAUUCAACCAUGUAGCUGUCAGUGACACAGGACUGUGGGAGUGCCGAUCAGGGGACAUUAGUAAAGAGAUAUCUCUAUGCGUUAUAGAGCGAUCUGAAUUUGUGGACACACCUACCGAAGUCACUGUGGAGCUUGGCCGCUCCAUAACUUUGACUUGCCAAGCAAAAGGUGAACCUGAGCCAAGGCUCUCAUGGUACAGGAACGGCGAACUUAUUACUGAUCAAAAUUCAGAUUCAAAGUAUCGCUUGACGACGAAAUACAAUAGUCAAGGAUUUGAAAGUCUUCUUACUAUCACGGGCUUAGAAUCUGAAGACAGUGGCGAUUACGUUUGUGAUGCGAUACAAGAAAGCAAUCUUCUGGAUGACUGUACAGCGAGUACCACGUUUAAUAUAACAUUACAUGUUAAAUUCGCACCAAAAUUUGCCGAUGGAAAUUCUAUUAGCUACGUAGCGGGUAUGGAAAAUGAAAGUGUCAGCUUAGUUUGUGCUGCAGAGGGCUAUCCAGAACCAAGUUACAAGUGGUUUAUAGAAGUCAAUGAUUCUGAAGAUUCUGAGUAUGCAAAAGUUGAUGUAACAAAUGACGGAAAAAGUGCAAUUAUUAACGUGGUAGCAAAUGCAUCGACGUUCGGUCAAAGGUACCGAUGCCAAGCUUCCAAUCAGUAUGGAAACGUGAAUAAAUAUUUUGUAGUUGUGAAAUUAGAAAAACCAAAAAAACCAAGCCAGGUAAACGUUGACAAUGCUACACAUGACUCUUUGUACUUAAGUGUGAAAUGGGACCACGAAUUAUUUUUCACAGUUGACGAAAUCUUCGUACAAUAUAUGGAAAUGAAAAGUCUAAUGAAGAAAAAAGUUGGCAUACCAAGAGAAAUUGACUGGCAAAAAGCAUUUGAGAAUGAAAUAGAAAUUGAUCAAGGUAUAGAUGUAGAAAGCGAUACACCAGGUCUUAUCGUAACAUUACCUAACUUGGAAGAAGAAACACAGUAUUGGAUACGUAUAAGAGCUACCAAUGCCGCCGGUGACUCUCCAUGGUCAGAGCCGAUUCUUGUUUCGACAAUAGCAAAACCUGAAGAAAUUGUUACACUUGAAGAAGAUGAGAGUGACAGUGAUGGAGAAGAAGAACCAGAUGAUGCUGCCCAGAUUUCUGAUGGCACUUUUUACGGAAUAUUUUUUGCAGGUGGUAUUUUAGUUGUAGCUGUGGGGUGUAUGUUCGCAAUGCGACUGGUU